AUGAAACAUUUAGUUAAAACUAUAUGUGACUGUAGGCAUCUGUUGCCACCCGGCAGCGACAGCGAAGCUCAAUCUGAAUCUGCUAGGUUAACAAGAGCUUCGGACGCAUUCAAGCUGUUGUCUAAGUCUCUCGACCGACAUAUGCAGCUGAUAAGACGCCUUGACCCUCGCCAUGCGGAUCGUUUUUGCAGCUUAGAUUAUUACUUGCGUAUGCUGGGCAAGGUUUCACUGGUUUCGGUUGAAAUAGAGAUCGUGAAUCCGCUAAACGAGCAACUGCAUGAGCUGUUACAGGAUGAGUCGGUGAGGUGCGCUAUUGGCGAGGAAUUGGCCGCCGCAAAGCGCAUUUUAUAUGGUAAUGUUUAUCUAGCACCCUUUUAA